AAGCAGGAGUCCCCAGAAUUCUCUAUAUCUCUCACCUUGCCCUUCUCGCACACUUUGCCAGAGUCUCAGCUGUGAGAAACAAAAGUAAGACUAAUGACUAUUCAAUGCCUGUACUGCACUUUGCAGACGCUUCAUGCUAAGCAAUCACAAUGAACCUCCCUGGAUUUGUCAAAGUUUGGUGGGUUUUAUUAUUUGGAGUUAGCGAGAAAUCUAUACCUCACUCAUAACGUGAUGCGGAAGUAUCUUGGCGCUAAAGCAAAAGUAGUUAACAAAACCUUGUUGUCAUUUGAAAUUACUUCAGAGUCAUCUUUUUCCUGCAUGCAGCAGACAUCCUCAGGUAGCUUAGUUUGCGCUUAAGAGUGCAGGCUCCACAGUCACACUGCCUCCGUUUACAUUCUGACUCUGCUGCAUCCCCACUGUGUUUUCUCAGUUCUUCAUCCACAGAAUGAGAAUUAUAGGAAAAGCAGCUACCCCUUAUGUUUAUUAUCAGUGUUAACAGUGCUUGUGAAACAUAAUGAAAACAUUAUGUGAAAACAUAAUGUGAAGCAUUAUGAAAACAUGUUUUCAUAGCCAUUAUUUUUAAACUUUAUUAUCCUCUUUUUUUUCUUUUUUGCCCAUGACAUCAACAUUCUUCAGGUUCUCCAGGCCAGAAAAUAUGGGAAAGACAGUGACGUCCCCUAUCUUGGAGUCUGCCUUCAAAAUGUUUCUAUUUCUGUUCCUAUGAUGAGCUUCAGCUCUUCCUUCUUCCUUAACUCCCACGUCCCCUCUGUCACCAAGCCCAGGCAGGACUUCCAACACACUGUCACAUUCAUCUCCAUUGUCACCUCUCUGUGAAGUCUUUCCACCACAGCUAUUACUUGUUCCUUUAUUUUGAACACAUAUUUCCUUGCCAUUCUUAUCCUGCUAUCUUUACUCCUGCUAUCUUUGCACACUUAUCUCUGUCUUCAGUAGAAUGUAAGCUCCUUGAAGAUAGCGGUCAGUCUUAUUCAUCCUAUAUUCCUAGCACCCAGCAAAGUGAUUCAAGUCAGGUAGGCAUCAGGAAAUAUUUGGUGGUGUUAUUUUCCUAUUCCCAUCCUGUCACAUUGUGUCUGGAUAACUCCGAGGCCUCCUGGGCUCUGUUCUCAACUGGCUCUAUCAUCACUCUUGAUAUUUUUUCUUAAAGUGUUUCAUGUCAUUUCAUUGCUCAAGCCCCAUGACAACUUCCUUUCGACUAUGACAUUGUUGACAUUUAUCUGCUUGGUUUUCAAAGCUCCCAUCAAUUUGGCCCCUUCCCAAAUAUCCACACUUGAUUUUCCCAUGACACCCCAUUCCCUCCACCCCAAAAAGAAAAUCACAGUCUUGCAAAUGGAUCCUUCUGUCUUAGCUCUUGCUUCCUACCAAGACGGAAUGGAAUAUUCUCCUUCUUCCUUUCACCAUUGAAAUCCCACCUAUCUUAUUCAGGAAGCCUUCUCUCAUAGCCAGAGACUAAAUCCCUCAGCCUUUAGGGUAACAGUCGUUCUCCUGGCUGCAAAAUUAAGCUCUGUGAGGGUAGACAUCAGUUAGGAUGCUUUUGGUGGCAACCGAUACAAAAAUCUGAUAAAAAUUGGUGUAACCAAUAAAGGGAAUUUAUUGGUUCACGUAGCUUCUAGCAGUAGGGCCGCCUGCAGGAAGGGCUCGAGACUGUUACCAAGAACCUGAUUUCUUUAGGUCUGUCCUCUCUGGGAAUAGCUUCAGUGUCCCAGAAAGACUGUCAGAAGCUCCCAGAACCUCAAGCUUUCUUACUUACGUAUAGGAGGAAAAAGAAAGUCUAUAACCCAGGAUUUCCAACAAAAGUCUUGAGAUUCAUUCUGAUUCCAGAGGCAUGGGAACAUGCCCAUGCCCUAGUGGCCAGGGGAUGGAAUGUGCUGAUGGACACUCAUGAAUCGGGGGGUACAGUCAGCCUCUUCUAACCACACAGAGCCACACAGAAACAGGAACUGGUGGAAGGCAGGGAUGGAUGGGGUAGAGACAACCACAAACGUCCCUACAUACUUUUUUGGUCUUCUGCACUGAACACGGUGCUGGGCACACAGCCAGUGCACAAUGACUGUCAGAUGCCUCAAAUACCAGCCUCCUCCUCUGGAUGUUCAAAUGAGAGCAGAAUCUAGACUUCUGUUCCUUUGGUUCCCAUUGUCCACUCCCACCACCCCAAGUGAUCAUUACACCUCUGCUCCUCAGCAGUCCUGUCUGUUACAGACAAACAUGCCCACACUUUUGGUUAUUUGUUUUUAAAAACUAAAGACAAAUUCUAUCUUAGAGUCCUUAGGCCAUCCAGUGGUUCCCUCCACUCCAGCCUCCUGCCCGCACCGGGUGAAGGCAGGUCAAUAGCCUUGAGUCUCUGGGGGACCAGCUCCCCCCAUCACGAGACUCCUGGGAUCCGUGAGGGCUACGCACCGUGACGGACUCUUCCGGCAGAGGGGAAGCCCGAGCUUUUGGGGAAUUGAGGUCGCACUGGCCUUUCCCGCCAACACCCCCUCCCCAGAAAGGCGGAGAACUACCCCCUACCCUCUCGCCCCGCGCAUGCGGCCUAAGGCCCCAGCCCCCCUGCACAUGCUCAGUACACGCCCUCGGCCCAGCUGGCUCGCAUCCAUGGCAACCUGCUAGGCAACCAGGAGUCAGUUGGUCUGAGGCCGUGAACUCCAACUGUUGGAAGGGGCUGAGGCUGAGGUGGAGUUUGAGGCUGUGAUAAGUCCCCUUGGGGUCAGAACUGUGGACUUGGGCAGGAGCAGACUCAAUAGGGCCGUGGUGGGCUGGGCCAGCGGAGUGGUAUCUCGGGCCCUGGGUGGCAGCUGUCGCCUCUGAGCACGUCUACGGAGGCCACAGCCCUGGGCUCUCAGCUCGGUCUAGUCCCGCAGGUGACUGGGUUAGGAGGGAAGUCUGUGACUUGGGUUAGGGGUCAGUUUGUCACCAGGACUACGAUUUGCGAAGGGGCGUGUGGUCUUACCCCCGAAGUCCCUACAACUGUGGUGGAGACGGGGGAAAAAAAACUAACGUAUGUUGAGCUACUUAAAUAUGCCAGGUGCUUUCCAUAUCUCAUCUCCUGGGCGGUAACUGAAGCACCGAGGUGAAGUGAGCACGCAGCCAGCAGGCUGUGAAGGAUUUACUACAGCUAAAUCCUUCUCUGAAAUCCCAGUUCUUGCUCUUUCAACCCCUCCCCUAUUUCCUGAGCUGAGCCUCCCCGGGCAGGUGAUUCUGGGGACACCCUGCGCGUCGGUGGGACCGGGUGCGCCCGCAGAGAGGCCGCAAACCGCAGAGCUGAGCCCAGCCCCGGCCAGGCGCCCUCUCCUGGGCUGUGGGCUGCAACUCAGAUAAAAAGCAACUCAGAUAAUAGUGCCGCUUGUUCUCAGGUGUUUUCUCCCAAGGAAAUGGACUCCUCCCCAGGGCCUGGGAUGCCUUUGCCCAAAUACUGCAGCGUGGCCACAACCCUGAAGGCCCCUGCCUGGGCCGGCACUGCUCCUCCCUGGGAACUCUCCUUCGCCUGCCCUCUCGCCUCCCAAGCACCCUGGCUCACCCGGCAGAGGCCUCUCACCAGAUAUGCAUCUUAUGACCCGUGUCUCCACAUUGCUGACCCAGCAUGGCAGGGGCCUGGCUGGCUGAGAAGAGGUGGAGAUGCUGCGGACGCAUGGGUCCUGGCAAGAAGGGAAGCAGAUGGCUUUUAUUACAGGGCUCAGAUAAAGGCUGCUCCCGAGCUGGAGAGGCAGGGGUUCCUGCUGGUGGAAUUUGAGGCUCCCCUUGUCACAUGCCCAGGGCUGCCAGCCCAGCGGCAGAGCAUGGUCUUGGAGGAAGAUGUCAUUCAGUUCUCGCCAUCCGUGGAAUACUCACUGUGCCUUGGGGACAAGGUGCUGGCACUCUGGGGACCAGACCAACAGCGCUAUGGCCCCGGCACCAUUCCUUUGGGCUUGGAGGCAAGAGACCCCCAGAGAGCAUCCAAAGAAGAAGAAAUUACUGUUCACUUCUGGAAUGGCAGGACAGCUCCUGUGCCUCUUGGAGGGGUCAGGUGGGUGCCCCCAGCUGUCUGGAAGAAGGCUGUGGACAGGCUGCACAAGCCUUUCACCACGGAGCACCCCAGGCCCCUCCUCUGGGCCCCUUGCUGCUCUCUGGUGGGGCCGGUCGCUGGAUGUGUCACCGGCGGGCUUCCUCUGACCGCUCCGUUCCUGUGCCCUCCCUGCCACCCGCAUGCCUGCUGCCAGCUGCUGGGCCAGGGCUGCCUCUGCUGCCGCCCCUUGGCUGGACCCACCUGGUGGCCUCUAGCCAGAACCUCAGGGGUCACAGCCCGAGAGCAUCCAGAGACGGAGCUGAAGCCCACGGCACAGCUUUUGCCCCUUGAGGGUCCUAAGGAGGAAGAAGUAGCAGUGCAGGCUCCCAUGGCUGUUUCUUCCUCCUCUACCUCCUCUUCUUCUGAAGAGGAGGAUCUGGAGAAUGAGCUGAAGAUGGGCCUUCCCCAGAGGCUGCUGCUGGACAGCACAGGCAACACGGCCCCCAUCCUUCUUGAGGAGUCUCCAAGGAGGCAGGGUGGCCUCUGCCAGCCGGAAUGGAGGUACUGGAGGAGAAACGGGUCCAAGCCGCAUCCCAGGAAGCCAGGUAGACCUUUUCCUAAGGCAGGGCUGAGGCCCCUGCUCCCUUCCCUCCCAUGUGUCUCUCAGGAAUCUGAUGCACAUGUCCGCUGUGCUGGGAUUGGAAGUAACACUUGGUCAUGUCAAAGGAGGGGCUGUGAUAAGAGGGAAACGUGGGCUUUAUUGAUUAAAUGGAAACCUAACAAGAAAGGAUGGGCAGAUCUUUGUGCUAAGGUUUGCAUCCCUAUUUGACAACUGUCUUUUCUUUCUUCACUAGUCUCUACUGGCAGGACUCUGCCACUGUCCAUUUCUACCCUCCCCUCCCUCAUUUUCCUUGGAGGCGUUGAUUUUUCUCUAGAUGUACAGUCAGAAUGCCUCCAGGUGUUGACUGGAGUCUUUCAGCACCCUGAGAAGCACAGAAACGGGUCUUUAAACACUGGCCAUCAGACCCUACUCUCCAGAUGGGCCCCUUAGGAAGUCAGAGCGGGAGGAACCAGGCACAGCCUUAUGCGUCUCACUCUACCACUGAGAGGGGAGGCAGUGUCAUUGUCAUUGGCAACCUGCAGCCAUCCCCAAACUUCUCUGCCCAAGCAACAUGCCCGUGUAGGUUUAGAGCAGUGUAUCGUUGAUACGCCUCUUGCCGUGCGGCCUAAAUUCCCAGUGGGGCCCAGAAAGAGCAGACGCCUAAGGCAGCCAGCAGAGCUUUGUGAAGGAGGUGACUUGUAUAAGCCAGCCCUGGACUAGAUUCCUGGGGCCCUGUGCUGACUAAUUCAACCUCAGUGAACUAAAUGAACAUCCACUCUGGGGCAGGGAUACUGAGGGCUAAAGAAUACCACUGCUAAGGGCAUAAGGAUCUGUAGGCACUGCCCACACUGGGACUCAUCGUGGGUCCCCAUGGGAAGCCAUUGCCCUAUUUUCAGGACAGCUGCUCAACCAGAAGGACCUCUCAGCCCACGAGUAUUUUAAUCUUACACCAGGAGUAAGGCCUUUAUUAGUCUUCAGUUCCAGGAGGCUGAGAAAUUGUUUCUACACUGAGAAACUUUCUUGGGGGACUCCUCUGGACCCCUGGGCUUCGGAGUGGGCAGGGAUGGAUGUGUUGGCUGCUGUUGUAUUUUAGAUGAGGUUCCUCCCUUGGCUUUCGAGGUGUGCGAUCUUUCCCCCACCUCUGAGAGGGAAAUAAGUAGAGGGACGAGAAGCUAUAGCUAUGACCAGCUGGGCUCUUCCUCCCCUCCCUGAGAGGACACUUUGUAUUGAAAAUAUAAAGGUGGGAGUGGGGAUAGGUGUUCCUGGGCCUCUUUCCUUGCAGUGAAAGGCCUUGGCAGAAGCUGCUUGGAAGCAGCUGUUUCUACAGGGUAUGCCCUCCAACAAGUGAUAAUAUAAAGAAAAUGGUGCCAAAGUCUAGAGUUUUCAAGCUAAAUUCUCCAUAGCUUCCACUGCCCUCCUGCUUCAGCACAGACUGGAGAAAGAAAAGCUGUAUCUCUCCAACAGGGAGGAGUCUCUGGGGCAGCAACUGAGGUGGCAUGAGACCCAGUCUCAGGGAGAGGAAUGCCAGUGGGGUAACCAGAAGCCAUGGCGGUCAGACCUGCCCCAGACUCCAGACCUGCAUUCCCAUGGCUGUGGCCUGCUCCGUGGCGUUCUAUCCAGACUGGUUCUAAGCCUGACUGAGGCCAAACAAAUCUUCCCUGGCCCCGAGCAUACACCGCUCUUAUCGCCACUACCCACGCACCCACACCUACAUUCAGCCUCUCUCCCCGCAUCACCAUAUUUAAACAGAUCCACUCUAAAGUUCCCCCCGCACCCAAAUACAUUCUAAUAAUUGGCUAUAAGGAGAAAUAUAGUAUCUUCAGGUACUUGGCCUGGCUUUCCUGUAGGUACUGGAUCAUUUGUUAUGCUCUGGGCAAAGGUUAAUUCUUGGAGCUGAACCGUGAGAAUCAGUGAGCCUGCCUUCUGCCAGGUCCUAUCUCUGCACCCAAAGCUAUGGAGAGUAUGCCUGCAUGGGGCGUGGAGAAAGGGGCAUCUCCAGCCCCCAUCCCAGAUGGAGUGCUGCACACCACACUAACUAGCGAGGUGAACUGGUGAGGUGAAGCUUGUAAAACGACGUGUGUGCCUGGGCUAGAAACAAUGGCAAAUACCAGAGCUUUUCUUCUCUCCCCUCCAGAUCUUGUAUCCUUUUAAGGAAAUGUGCUGCUUUGCUUCUCCUAACUGCGCUUGCUUGCCAUCAAGCACUGGUGCUUCACAGUCUGGUCUGAGGCUCUACCUCUUAAGGAUCCUCUUGUAUGGGUCCUCCGCCCUCCACGUUUUUGGCUCCUUUUAGUUGCAGGCAGUGAGGUUACUGUCUGAGACUAACCUAACAGUCCUAGAGGGCCAGGAUUCAUGCCAGCAGUCAUGCUGCUCUCCACCCUCGCUUAUGACUGAAACAGGGUUCAGACAGUUAAGGGAUUCUGUGAUCCUUGAUACACUUCUACAUAAGUCAAGUCUAAUCCCAUCAAAAUGGUGGCAUAUUCAACUAACUGAAUUUUGGGUUUAGGAACAAGACUUUGCAACAUCGGGAAAGAAGAGAAGGGCAACAAACAACAGACAGUGAAAACUGCAGCAGCGGGGAGUCCCAGGGAGCUGGUCCUGGAAGCCACUGGCAUGAAGCCACUACAGAUCUUGCCAGAGGAAGCUGAACACAAAAAACUGAGUCGGGGUACU